GUCCUCUAACAUAUUUUUUUACAUGGGCAACACAUAUCGGCGUGGGUUUUGGUGAACGAUUGUUGGCGUGGGUUGAUUCAUAACAAUUUACGUAUAUUUUUAACGAAAACUGGACGAAAAACUGAAAAGACGAUUAAAUUAUUAUAUUAUGGUAAGGAGUUGGAGUCAUUCAGAGCACACUGAAUAACACAGGCCGGCGCGAUGUCGCAGCAAUACAGCCUCAGGUGGAAUAACCACCAGCCGAACUUCAUAUCCAUGUUCACGACGCUGCUGAACACGCAGACCCUGGUGGAUGUGACCCUAGCGGCAGAGGGCAAGCAUUUGCAGGCGCACAAAAUCGUGCUCUCGGCGUGCAGCACCUACUUUCAGGCGCUAUUCGUCGAUAACCCAUCGCAGCACCCUAUCGUGAUCCUCAAAGAUGUGAGCUUCGCAGACCUGCGGACCAUGGUGGACUUCAUGUACUGCGGGGAGGUCAAUGUUACCGAGGAGCAGUUACCCCAGGUGUUAGACACAGCGAAGCACCUAAAGAUCAAAGGGCUCACCGAGAUGCCGGAGACGACCUCCCUCACCCGCUCGCAAGGCAACGAGUUGCAGUCGCAGGCGGACUCGCUGGACUCGAACCGGCACUCGGCCUCGCCCGCCACCUCGCCCAACACCAAACGGAAAAGGUACGGAAUACGCAGAAAAAGCUCAACCGGUUCCACGUCGCUGAACAUGGUCGAGGAGCACCGGGAGGAGCAGCAGGAACCUGCGCGGGAGUCGGUCACGCUCAGCAGCCUGCCGAGGAGGCGCGAGUACGAAGACACGCAUCAGACAUCUCUCAACACCGAUCCCCACAUGAACGUGGAACCAUUGCCUAUGGAGGGGGGGUCCGCCGGUCUACCGCAAGGGGCCCAGUGGAGUAUGAUGGACACGUACCCCCGAUACUCCAACGCGUGUCUCGGCCUCCAACACGACCCGGCCAUGUACAUGGGCAACGUCAUCAACCAGCACAUGGAGAACGACAUCAACGAGUACGCACAAGCGGUAGGCGUCACAGGGCCCAGCCCCGGCCCCAGCUGCGUCCCCGAAGCGCAAGUCACUCAAGAACAGACCCCCCAACAACCCAAGAGACGCCGAGCCACCAACCCGCAGUCCGAAGAAAACUUCCAAAGGGCAUUAGAAGCCGUGCGCUUCGGCGGCAUAGGCUUCUGCAAGGCCGCUAGAAUGUUCGGAGUCAACAACAGAACGCUAUGGCUCGAAUACAAGAAGAAAGGCUACCCCAACAACAGACCCAGCAUCAAAUCCCGCAUCAAACGCGAGCACACCACGCCCCCGCCUGAACACAAAGAGGACCCGCCGCUACAGGAACAGCAAAUGGUCCUCUGCCCCCCGCACCCGGUCCCUGUAGGCUUCAUCGACUCCCGACCCUUGGACUUCAACCUACAAGGCGUCCCGCACAACUCCCCCCUCAACAUCCUAGGGGUGAACUUCAAUAACAUGCAAUAGAAUACCGCGUGCGGGGCUCCCAUCGAAGAGUAUCACUUGUGACAAGAGUGGGCGGGCGAGCCACCGGCCACCCCGCCGAGAGUCCCGCGCUACGACUUAUAUACGCACAUGCUGAUGUAAAUAGUUACAGAUAAGG